CCGAGCCUGACGUCAGGCGAGAGUUCAACGCCAAAGGCCGCCGCAGUCGCCACGACUUGACGAGCAACGCUCUGUGGCUGCUUUAGCGGCGACGUCGUGUGCCAUCAUGGCGGCCGCUCUCCGCCGGACACCACUGACCAGCGCGGGCGGGCUAUGACAGCGGGCACACGGCCCUUCCGGCACAAGCUGCCACUCCUCCACCGACUGGCAUGGAUUCUGAUCCUACUCGAGGCAACCAAUGCGGCUUCUAUCGUAUAUCCUGCGUUACAAGUUGAAACGACAACAGCCCCCAAGGACGACAAGGACCCGCUGACCAAGACGACCAGCGAAGAUGUGACCACCACGCAAAGCCCCGCUGAACAUUCAAGCGUUCAAGUGACCAGUAUUGUCAGCGAAGAACCGGAGACCAUGAGGAGCACUACUGGAGGCCCAAGCGUCCCUGUGAACCAGGCGGCGAGUGGCAAUGUGACCACAGUAAAGACCACCACUGAACGUCCAGUCGUUCAGAUCACUACCAUGAAGAGUACCACAGAAACCCCAGACGUUCCGGUAACCACCAUGAAGAGCACCACUGAACGCCCAGGUGUGCCUGUGACCCAGGAGGCCAGUGGCAAUGUGACCACCAUGAAAACCACCACUGAACGUCCAGUCGUUCAGGUGACCACCAUGAAGAGCAUCACAAAAAGCCCAGACGUUCCGGUAACCACCAUGAAGAGCACCACUGAACGCCCAGUCACUCAGGUGGCUCCCGUAAAAACCACCACUGAACGCCCAGUCGUUCAGGUGACCACCAUAAAGAGCACCACAGAAAGCUCAGACGUUUGGAGAACCACUGUGAAGAGCACCACUGAACGCCCAGCCACUCAGGAGACCACCGUAAGGACCACCACUGAACGUCCAGUCACUCAGGUGACCACCAUUAAGAACACCACAAAAAGCCCAGACAUUCGGGUAACCACCACGAAGAACACCACUAAACACCUAAGUGUUCAGGGAACCGAGACAAUCGGUGGUGAGGUGACCAUUAUGCAGAGCACAACUGAAUCCCCAAGCGUCCAGGUGACCAAAGCAGUCAGCGCUCAGUUGUCCACCACAAAGAGUGCCACUGAACACCCCAGCGUCCAGGGGGCCGUAACCACCGACAGUGAAGUUGCUACCAUAGGAAGCACCACUGAACGCCCAAGCGCGCACGUGACAAAGGUGGUUGGCGGGGAGGCGACCACCAUGAAAAACACCUCUCAAUAUCCAAGCGUCCAUGUCACAGAGGCUGUCAGCGGCGAGGUAACCACCGUGAAAAGCACUACUAAACACCCAGGCGUCCAGGUGACCAAAGUAGUCAGCAGUCAUGUUACAACCAUGCAGACCACCACUGAAUCCUCCGAACUCCAGGUGACCAACAUGGAAAGCACCACUGAAAGUCCAAGCGUGCACGUGACAGAAGCAGUCAGCGGUGAAAAGACUACCAUGGAAAGCACUACUGAACGCCCGAGCGUUCAGACCACCACGCAGAGCACCACUGAAAGUCCAAGUGUUCAGGUAACUAAGUCGGUCAAUGACGAGGUGACCACUAUGACGAGCACCACGGAACGCCCAAGUGUUCAGGUGACAAAGGCAGUUAGUGACGAGCUGACCACCAUAACGAGUUCAACUGAAGACUCAGGCAUUAUCGUUGACGUCGUCGUGGUGACCAGCCCGAAGCCAGCAACGUCUACUACACCCCCUCCGCCUAAUCUUGCCGCCAUUGUAGAAGGAGCCAUCGUAGUUCCACAAGGCAGCCCAAUCGUGGAAGGCGGAGCCAGCGUUAUAAUUGAAGUUGUUCCCAUCGUAAACGCUAACGUCACUACCGGGGAUGGCAUCGUGGGUUUUGACACGCACUCUACCUUUAAGCCAAGCUCAGACACAGGAAAAAAGCCGAAAAGAAAACGUACUCGCCUCAAGAAGCAGUUUACAAACAAGUACAUGCGAACUUACGUCACCAAGCACUGCGGUAUACCCCAUGAACGAAUGCGGCGAAUUGUAGGAGGCAAAGUCACAACGCUCGAGCGUUAUCCAUGGACGGUCGGCAUUUUUAUGAGGUACGGAAACCGGCCGUACUGCGGGGGAGUCAUCGUGUCCUGGCUCUUCGUCUUGACGGCGGGCCACUGCACACGCAACAAGGUGGCACAUGACCUACGCGUUAGCUUCGGGUUGAGCGAGAUCGAUCCCGACCGAGUGUUGACUGAGCAGCAGGACCACCUGGUCGACGUGGCGGCCAUCCACCAGAACCCGCUGUUCAAAGACAUCGUCCACGGUGACGACAUCUCCAUACUGAAAAUGAGCAAGCCGUUGCAGAGUGGCGGCUACCCAGUGACGCCUAUCUGCAUACCGGAGGCCACCAGCACAAGCAUCACGCCAAAGGACAUCAUCGGUACGGACGGCGUCGUCGCCGGCUGGGGACGAACCAAAUACGGUGGCGAAAGCAGUAAGCAACUUCGGGAAGUAUGGUUGCCUAUUGUGUCCAACAACGCAUGCUCGGAAAUAUUCAAGGACGUACUUAAAAUUCGGGACGAGAUGAUCUGCGCCGGUGACAUCAAUGGCACAAAGGACGCCUGUCAGGGUGACUCCGGAGGCUCGCUCAUGUGGCGGUCCAAGGCUGAUGAUCGCUGGUACACGUUGGGCGUCGUGUCGUUCGGCGUGAAGUGCGCCGAGCCCGGAUACUAUGGUACUUACACUCGCGUGCAGAGCUACUUGAACUGGAUCUGCCAAGUCACCGACGGCCUCCUCUGCUUCGGCUCAUCCUCCUACAAGCCCGUGGCUUUGCCUUCGAAGAGCAUGAGAGAGAAAAAGGACGACUCCACGUCCCCGUGAACGUCUUUAGCUCUCUUUAGUCUACAAACCAUUCUGCGAGAAAAUAUAGCACGACACCGUGGGGGAUAAAAUUUAUGAAAUAGAAAGGAAAGCAAUCGCAGACGUCGCCCACGGCUACACGUAGUGACGGCCCCUUCGAUGCACGCCCAAAGAGACUGCAGCGUGUGUGCAAAACGGGCCGUCACGCCAUCGGCUGGGACCCGGUGCCACGCGCAAGCGGGAUUGAUUCCUUGUAAAUAUGAAUCUGCCUGUCCAGUAACAAAGCUCGCGGUUUCGGGCACACCAACCACGGCGCAGUCAAUCGCAGCAGCAGUAAUAACGAGCUUCGCGCUUCGGUCGCCAGUGCGAACGCUAAUGCAAAGCUUUUCUACGAAAUGUCUGUAUAGUUACGAAAUACGCAGCCUGGCGGACAGUGAAUGACGAUUGUUAGAGGUGCUGGCUCCUGAACAAAGUAUAUGCCUUGUCUCGUGAGAUGGAGAGCAAGAGUUGCCACGUAAUAUAAGCGACCUUGUUACAAAGGAACACGGCGACAAUGCGUGACCUCUGAAAAAUAGCCAUAUCAUUUACAGAUAACCAGCUUAUUAUGAAAAAUAAUCGAAAUGCCAUGCUUGAAGAACGAAAGAAAAUAGACUGAUACCAUGCGUAACAGUGAAGAUAAAGCAGUCGUUUUGGAGCGAGUCGUAACCGGGUGUUCCUUGAACAACAUGUGAUAUGAAUAAUAAAUAUUUUAUUGUUUUCGAA